GUAUGUACAGUAUGUUGUAUGUGUGCAGUUAUUAAAUGUGGCAGGUCGUAAAGUCACGUAAACAUUAGCCAUAUCUUAGCAAGUAGCCUGUACGUCAAAGAGGUGGACAGACGAGCUCAAAAUCUAUAAAAAGAUGGCACAGAUGUGGAAGGUGGUCGAGUUCACGGACAAAGGCGCUGCCGUAGUGCCAUCCAGCUGGCUCGAGGAGGCUGGGGAAAGCUGGAGGUGUUACUGGCCUGGCUCCUAUGACCACUGGCGGCCACCAGGUCAAAACUGGGAUGUUUUUGAUGACGUGAGGGUCUUGGUAGGCUGUGCAACAUAUGGUAAGGCCAAAGACUAUUUAGAAGUGUUUGCAGCCUGACUGUGCAACAACAGACAUCCAGUCAGAGGCUGAGACUCCUAACAAGAGAAAAAGAAGGGCAAACCCACGUAGCAAUCUUGAAAGAGCGGGCUCAUCAGCUAGAGCCAGGAGUUGGAGCUUGCCACGAGAGGCUAUUGGAGCUACAGCAAUAACACAUAUUUCAGAAUCAAACAAAUAUCUGAUUGUCCAUUUAGGCCAGUCUGAAAUUCAACUGCCAUUUCCUAUGCUUCAAGGUGAGGACACUGAUGAGGAUGAGCCAACCCCUAGAAAAACGGCAAGGCCAACUAUUGACUUUGGGCCAGACAUCAAUAGUGAGUGGCUAUUAGGGUCAUCAACCACCCAAAGAGACUCACAUCAAGAAGGGCAUUUUACACAAGAUGCAUGUCAGCCACACCAACCGCUGUUGCGUGAUAUUGGAUUGACAAAAGUGAUACAGCUGUUGUCGCGAGUGCUGGACGAAAACAGACAAAUGAAAGAGGAAAUCAGCAAGCUGGGGAGUGACAUUAGGAGAGAGACGGUGAGGCAGGCAACCCCUGAAGCUUCCUCGUCAAACAUCAAACUGCCUCUCAACACAAUGGAGGAGUUUGAACAGGCAGAAGCUCUCAUCAAGGAAAACCCGCUCGAGAAGCAAAAAAUGAUCUCUACAUUUACUCUUGUUGGUGGGCACACUGCUGAAGUGACCGUAAGGCGGAUGCUGCAGAAUGGCCUCACCAACAACCUGGCUAGCCUUUUCAACUGGGCAGGAAAAGGCCACAAGAAACCUUUUAAAGAAACUAUGCUCAGUGAUGUACUGUAUGCUGCACUCCAAAAACAGCUGCCAGGGAGCACAAUUAUGAUUUAUGAAGGCACGGUGAAGAAGUGGUUGAAGUACGCUCUGGAGAGAGAUGGAGGCGUAGGGAGGCGAAACAGGCCAGCGCAAGAUCAGGCGCCUUCAUAACAAGACAAGACAUGGAACAAAAAAUAAACCUACAUGGAUCCGAUGGAACAUAAAUAAACGAAAAUGUGUUUGA